CUUUUAUUCCGAAAACUCUUUUGCCCUAAAAAUUCUUUUGCUCUUACCACUCUUCUGCUUUUACAAAUGCUUAAUCUUGAUCGCUACAUCGCUAUACCUAGCAAAAGCGACUUGCUUUUUUUCUCACAAUACAAAAUCUCUGAUUGGAAUUUCGAGACCUACAAAUCCUAUAUUAUCAAACAGAGAGGAGGUCAUUUUAAUGUCUCAGACGUUCUGGCCAAGCGAUAUAACCAGUGUCUUAACGGCAUUAGUGUAUCUUUAAAGGAUAAUGAAAUCAAAGACUAUCUAAAAACUCUAGUAGUAAAGCCUAAUAACGUAGACAUGAAAGACAUUUGUAGCGUUGUGCAAUAUAUUAAGUUACUUUUACAUACAUCACAGCGAGAGAAAGCAAAGCGAACCAAGUGUCACGAUCAACAACAACUUCAGCAACAGCAAGUUUCGUUACUUCAGCUUUGGUACUGGAACUAUGCAUAUUCACAAGAGGUCCCACAGCUCAGUUGUAGAAGAGAUGAACCUACUACUGUCGAUACCGCCGCUGUCACUACUGACAAAACUGCUGUUAACCAAACCGCUGAUGAAUCCAAACCCACUGGAUCCGUCACUGCACAAGUCCAAAAUAAAAGAGUAAAAACAAUGUACCAUUAUUUGGAAGGAAGGCCGAUUGCAGACGAACCUGUACUUGAAUAUGUCAAGUGGUGUGUUCAUGGGAAUGAUGUUAGUAAAGAGCUGUUACAGUUUAGGAAGAUAUGUAAAGAAGAAGGAGCAAAAGGGAAAAAACUGCAAAGCUGUAUUGAAGAAUUGGAAAUUGUUAUUGCACCAACCCUUCUUGUGUAGUAAAUUAACUUUCUG